GUCCGACAGCACAUGAAGGCAGCAGGAGUCACGCGUUGUUUGCCUUCAGAGUGCAAAUAUGGCGGACGACGGAGAAUCGCUGGAGUCCUGGCUUAACAAAGCCACCAACCCUUCCAACAGACAGGAAGACUGGGAGUAUAUAAUGGGAUUCUGUGACCAAAUCAAUAAAGAACUGGAGGGCCCACAAAUAUCCGUUAGACUGUUGGCUCACAAGAUUCAGUCCCCUCAGGAAUGGGAGGCGAUACAAGCAUUAAUGGUUCUCGAGGCUUGUAUGAAGAACUGCGGGCGACGGUUUCACAAUGAAGUUGGGAAAUUUAGGUUUUUAAAUGAGUUAAUUAAGGUGGUUUCACCCAAAUAUUUAGGAGACAAAGUAUCAGAGAGAGUGAAGACAAAAGUGAUCGAGAUGCUGUACAGUUGGACUGUGUCUUUACCAGAUGAAGCAAAGAUCUUUGAAGCAUAUGAGAUGUUAAAGUCACAGGGUAUUGUUUUAGUUGACCCAGAAAUUCCUCUUGAUGCUACAUUAAUACCAUCGCCUUCUCCGCGACCCAAGAAUCCUGUGUUUGAUGAUGAGAAGAAGAGCAAGAGAUUAGCAGAGCUGCUGAAGAGCAAAAAGCCUGAAGAUCUGGAAGAGGCCAAUCGGCUCAUCAAGAACAUGGUCAAGGAGGACGAGGUGAGAAUGCAGAAAGCGACAAAGCAAAAAAGCACACUGGAGGCGGUCAACAACAGUGUCAAACUCCUUAAUGAGAUGCUUGCUCACUUCAGCCAGGACGACUCCACGGACGGAGACAAGGAGAUCAUAAGGGAGCUGUAUGGAGAUUGCGACAAGCUGAGGCAAACUGUAGUUCAGCUCGCUACUGAGACUGAGGAUAAUGACAGCAGCUUGGGAGACAUCCUGCAGGCCAGUGACGACCUCUCCCAUGUCAUUAAUUCCUAUAAGAAGAUUGUGGAAGGACAGAUCGUCAAUGGAGGGACGGAAGCAGCACAACAAACGCAAUCAUCAGUCAGACAAGGUCGCACAAACCAGUCAGAGAUUCUGAUUGACCUGGCGGGUCUGGACAUUCAGAGCGUCUCUCUACCAGGGCAGCAGCCCCCAACAUCUUCUCGGUCUAUUCCUGCUGACCUGCUGUGUGGGUCUGCUGCCACUGACCCUCAGUCCCACAGCCCCAGCGUACCCUCUGCAGCACUCUCUCUGCUGGAUGAAGAGCUACUAUCUUUAGGCCUCAACGAACCCGCUCCCAUUCCAAAUAAAUCACCACGUGUAAACCUGAGCAAUCAUUUGCCAUCUUUACAGGAUUUCAGUCAAGAUUUAGAUUUUUUUGAAACCACUUCGCCUUCGGUUUCUGCGUUCUCUACAUCUUCACUUUAUCCAGACGGGCUUUCUGUGACAGUAGCCCCAGUUAGCUCAGCCAAGUCUUCUACAGCUGCCUCUGCCUUAAGCUUCCCUGGCCCCGUCUUGGCCACGCCUCCGACUUCUACAAGAUCUGUCUCAGCAACAUCAGUUAUAUUCCCUCAGCCCCUCAGCUCAGUAUUGACCACCACGGCUCCAGCGGCUCUUCCUCAGGCAUUCAGCAUGGCCUCGCCUGCUUCUUCAGCCACCCCUGUCACUCAGCAACAGGUCUCCACUUCACCUGGAGCGUCCCACACCACUUUAACUUCUCUGAGUCACAAUCUGCAAGACCUUGCCAUGCUGGAUCUGGGCAGUCCUAAAAUUACACAUGGUGUGAUUGACUUUGGCAGCUUUCUGGGCAAGAGUGAGGAUCUGCUCGCUCCUGCUACCCUAUCUUCCGGUCUAUGUGUCGCCUCCACAACAUCCACCUCACUGCUCCUAGGAGGGUCCACUCCCCCCCCUGCCAAGAGUCAGGCAGAUGACAGCCCUCUGUUACGCUCUCUGUCCCCCAUCCUCCCUCUGAGCCAGGCCAGCCCAGGCAAGGGACAAGAGGUGUCCCUGGCCAAUGUUGUUGUCCCUUUAGAUUCCAUCAAGCCAAGUAAAGUGUGUCCUGUGACAGCAUAUGACAAAAACGGUGUCCGUGUUCUGCUGCAUUUUGCCACCGACUGUCCAGCAGGCAGACCUGAUGUACUGGUGAUGGUUGCGUCCAUGCUGAACACUGCCCCGCUGCCUGUCAGGAACAUAGCGCUGCAGGCUGCUGUGCCCAAGACAAUGAAAGUGAGACUGCAAUCCCCCUCAGGCUCAGAGCUGGCUCCUUUUAACCCAAUCCUUCCCCCUGCUACCAUCACUCAGGUCAUGCUGCUUGCCAAUCCUCUCAAGGAAAAGGUUCGGAUGAGAUACAAACUGACAUUUACUCUGGGAGAGCAGCCACACUCAGAAGUGGGGGAGGUGAAUGAGUUUCCGCCUACUGACAGAUGGGGGGCUCUAUAGCCCUGCCUGUUGAAACUAGAUGUAUUUAACAGUUUAGUUUGUCAGUGCAGUUCAGAGGUCAAGAGAAAGCGCAGAAUUGGGAAACUUGAAUGGACUUUAAAGGAGUUUUUCUGAUUGAGAUGUUUGAUUUUAUUAGACAACUUCAUUUAAAAACGACACCAGCUCAACCAGGAAGUGAGUGCUUGCAUAAAAGGACAAGUCAGGAUAACAAAAUAAAGCCCUCAGGCUUAUUUUCCUUGCGGUCCCUUGACUUUGGCCUCCUGAAGUAUCCAAAGUCCUGUAGUGUACAUCCAACUUAAACUUUAUUACAGUGCCAGAUGUUGUCUGUGUGGUGCAGUAUUAAAUGGUGUGAAAUGCUUGAAUGUGGAUGAUGGUUAUGUGGGAAAAUCAUUGGUUAUUAUUGGCGUUUUUCCAUUACAUGGUACCUGCUCGACUCAACUCGACGCACUGUGCGUCAGUUUUCCAUUGCAGAUUUUACUACCGCCUCAGCGUGGCUGGUCGUCAUAGCGACUGCCGUGGGCGUGGCUUGGUAGCGGUGCAUUUCCCCCGUCCCGACUCAUUUCCUGGUUCUUCG